CCGGCGCGGUGUUCGUCCAUAGUUAUAAUGUUAACGAAUCUGAGUUAUGUCCACCUGUUGAUUGUUGUGAUUGUGUGCUAGUGGAAUGCGCGAAGACUUUGGAUACUCUGGAAGGCUCCUACGAGACAUGAGGUAUUUCUCAUCCUCUAAAUAUAACCAGUGAUGGUUGCGGUUGCGCUGCGUGGUGGUGAGUGACCGUGGUCGCGGAUGUAUCAACCAUGUCCGUGUCGCGGAGUCCAUGCCGCAACCACGACGACAGCCAAGCCAACCCCUUCAGGGGUCCGGUGGUUCGCAUCGGCGCCGUCAGAGUGCGCCUGUCUCCACUACCAGCCGCCGCCGCCUCCGUGACGCAGUCCGCCGUCGACUGUUGCUGCCCUCGGUCCCGGAUACCCCUGCGCACCCCGCCCCCACCGCCAUCCAAUAAUAGCCGAGGUAUCUUUAGCCGUGGCUGGCCGCCAGCGCCAGUGUACCGCUCCUCGGCGGAGUGGCGGCAGCGAGAUCCCUCCCCCUCACUCACCGGCUGUUUCUCGGGAGUCUGCAAGGACGGACAGGAGGAUACGCGGCGGCUGGUCGACGAGGAGGACACCCUGGACCGCCUCAGCAAGUUCCGGUUUGGCGGCGACCGGACCCGCGGAGGCAAGAGGAACCCGCCGCACAAGAAGAAGCCUCGUAGUAGUGACAAGACCGAGCGACUCAGGGAACUGACGGAGAAACUCAAGAGCCCUCCGGUCAGCAGAACCGAGGCGGGAACUUCGACCGCGAGUGUGAGUGCUAAAGUAACAAGUGCGAGUGUCCCCGUCCCGACACCACCGCCCGCCGCCGCGGUGCCACCGGUGGUCACACCUUCUCCACAACAACCCUCCGAAGAUGAGUUCUUAGAGUGUGUUAAUCUUAAACUUCCUAAACCAGAGUCGAGGACUAUUGUAGGGUCGUACAUCCAAAGAACUAUACCGUUUCGGAGUGCGUCCUUUUCUCAAGUGGACUUUUCUCCUGUGGAUGGGAAGUACAUUCGAUGUGGACGAAGCCCCUCGGUCAGUUCGAAAAUCCCCACCUUAGGCACAUCUAGUGUAUGUCUUACUUUGCCGAGAAAGAAACCUCCGGAAACACCUGGAACGUCUCCUUCCUCGGCGAGUUUAACCUCUUCCGCGACGACGGUAGUGGACGUAACGGACAGUUCGAACCCUUCCAUCGAUUCCGCUGUGGGAUCGUCGGAAUGGAUAUUCCCGAAUCAAACGGACGAACACUUGAAACUCGCGAACUCGAGAUCCCUCACUCAUCCGCUCACGAGGUCGAGAUCGUCGACGGAGGAAUGUAUAUCCUUCAGUUCGAUCGACGGGAACGGUCUGAAGAGUUUAGGCGUGGUCGAGAGACAGCUGGAGGGGUUGAGGGAGGAGAGUGACACAGAUAGUGUGGCGCCGAGCGAGUCCGAGGCGUCUGUGACCUCGGUGCGACCUGAUAACACUAAUGCUCAACCUGUAGAUAGACAGUGUGAUAGGGACAACAACAAAAAUGUCGAUACCCACGUUCAUCAAGAGGUGAUUAUAGUUUGUAGUAGUGACGGUAAUCAAAACUGUCCGGACUUAGUUGUAGGAAAUAGUAUAUAUGAACUGACCGAUGCAAAAGAGUACAAAUCAAACGAACGAAUUAGUGACGAAAAUAAUCGAGAUGACGAUUGUAGUAAUAAUUUAGAAUCAAACCAAAGCUCGAUAAAGACUUACGUGACGAAAUGGCCAGACGAAAAUACACCGACUGUAGAGGUGAAGUGCAUCCACACCGACUAUAGUCAUCUGAAGGAGGUGGAAGUUCCGGGAAAAACGAAAAAUGAAGAAUCUUUGACUCCAGAGAAACCGAGGAUACCACCAAAAACAGAUAGAGAAAAUGUGGCGAAUGAGUCGUUCAUCGAGUGCGCGACUAUCACCCCGAUCGUACCGGAGGAUAGUUUCGACGAAAACACGAAGCAACGUUGGUCAGACGGAGACAGGACCUCGAGUGAGUGGCCUUCCAGUGCUCAGGAAGAACCACAGAGUCCAGACGACAGUAACACCCGCCCAGCGUGGCCUCGGUCCCCUGACAGACGAUGGCUGGAGAGACCACGACUGGUCUGCCAGAGCUCUGAGGAGAGAGACGACGAUUCCAUCACCAGAGGAUCACCCAAGAGAUUCCAUCCUCUAGGCAGAAACGACUCUUUGUCAGAAAACGAAAGUGACGCCGGUGACAGACGACCAACAACGCCAAACAGAGAUAGAGAUGGGACAGCUUCUCCGUCUAUUCUCGGACCCUCUGACCAGUCUGACAGUGAGAGCAGAUUCGGAAGCUCCGUUAACGUAUCCAGGAGUCCACAUGCCACUAGGAGAUACUCCAAGAGGCCACUGAGAGGACCUUACGGCCAAAUGCUGGAGGCGGAGAUGAAAAAGCCAGAAGCGAACAGAAAGUUUUCGAAGUUUCAAUACAACGAAGAUUUGAAGUUCUUGGAGAACCUAGCUAAAACCACCUCGGCAGGGAAACCUCCUGGCAAUCGACUACGCGCUGUUGACGACUCCCAACUUAAGAGAAGCAACACAUCCCCAGAUUCCCCGCUUAGUCCCGUCCCCCGGAGUACGCCCAAGCGGAAAGUGAGUGCGAACAUUCCGUUUUCCGCGCCAAACCCUCCAACGUCCGCUUCUGAAGCUCCCCCCGUGGUCCAUAUCCGCACCACCUCCAGCCCGUCGCAGUUGGAGGGCUGUGCCACCAAGGCUCACCCUCGCCCUAGUCCCCAGCUUCUUGCUCAGCUGCUCAAAGGAAGCUCCGAGAGGGUCUUCGCCCCGGAGAGUCCGUCACCACUCAAUCAUCCCAUCCCUCUGCAUCUUUGGAAGGAUACUCGGACUCAUGUGGUAUUUGAACUGUAUGAAACGGAGGGUUCGUAUGUCGAGUCAUUGAAAACUCUAGUCACGAAAUAUCUUCAGCCACUGAAAAGUCCAGAAAACGCAGGACUUGUUGAUGCGGCUCUGGUAGACGAAAUCUUCUAUCAAGUUCCUGCAAUUCUCGCCCACCAUGAAGAGUUCCUGGAAGCACUGAGGGUUCGGCUGAUGCUGCACUGGGACGUCAAACAAAGAGUCGGAGAUAUCUUCCUGGAAACAUUUACCAAGCAGUCGGUGAUCGAUACCUACACAGCGUUCAUCAACAAUUGGAAGUCAGCCAAGGAAGCGAUCAAAACAACAUGCCAAGCCAAGCCAGCAUUCGCCAGGUUUUUGGAGGCGAUGGCUAGAGAACAUAAGGGGAAACUGGCUCUGGACUCUCUGUUAAUAAUGCCGGUUCAGAGGAUACCCCGAUAUGAGCUGCUCAUACAGACUCUUCUGAAACACACAGAGCCAAGCCAUCCUGACCGAGGUCCGCUGUGUGAAGCGCAGAGAGAGGUACACGCUCUAGCAGUCCGCAUAAACUGUACCGAACGUGAGAGCCUAGAGCUGGAACAGCUAGAACAGCUGAUUGAAGGCGCAGGCAGCCUACAUCCUGAGAGAGCUGACCGCAGCUUCCUACGACAUGACCUGGUGUCCAUCACCUCCGAGCGGGGUCGUAAGGAACGAGCACUCUUCUUGUUCUCCGACCUCCUCAUCAUCACCAGCAUCAAGCGGCGGUCCGGGACGAUACGGAAACCUUCCAUGAACUGUCCUGGAACCAUAGCCAGCACAUUGGAAGCCAAUAAAUAUAAAAUGCUUACAAGGAUACCUUUGGAGGAUCUAGAAAUCGUGAAAGAGAAGGAUGAGAACCUGCGCCGGAUGCUGCGUGACAUGGAGCAUCUGCGUGAUGACGUGACAGCCCUGACACAGAUGUGUGACUUGGUAUCGCAACUCCACUGUCCCCACUCCCAGCUGGAGUCUGACGUCCGAGACAUGCACUCCGCACUCAGCAAACAGCUGGCCGAGCGACAGAACAGCGACUCACAACUAUCCUGUCUGGAACUCAACAUGCUCAAUACACCGAAUGGAGUCAACAAUCCAAUCUCCGUGAUCUUUUCCAAACCCGACAAGAGGAGCAGUUGGGAGGAAACAUUCAACGAAGCGAAACAAAGGCUCGCAGUGACAGCAGACAAAAGACUUUGUCCUGAGUUUGUCGCUUCUGUGCCGAUCCGCAAGACCAGAGCCGGGCUGCAGUUCACCUGCGCUGCUCCCUUGCUGGGCUCUCGGGAUGUCUGGGUGUGCAACAGUGAUGGCUACGUAGGCCAGGUUUGUGUCCUGUCGUUGUCGCCGACAGAACCAACAGUUACGUCUUGUAACGGAGUUUGCAAUGCAAGAAUACUCUGUAUAGCUGCUAUUCCUGCCUGCCCUUCACAAAACAGCCGUAAAACCAGACAACGUAAAAAUGACAGUUCCAAAAUCAGUAUAUCAGUGGAGGAUACUGAACAGCCCAACAUGAGUCUGGAAAGCAGUUCUUCAAGCUCAUCGGAGGACGAGGGUGUGGAGACUACAGGACGAGGGGAAGAAGAGGGAGAUAGUGGAGCUGGAGGGGAGGAAGGGGGAGAAGAAUACGACCAUCUCCAGCCCACGAUGUGGCUCGGCACUGAAGACGGGUGUAUACAUGUGUACAACAGCAGCGACAACAUCCGUACUAAGAGAAACAAGAUCAAGAUCCAACACGGCUCUUCGGUACACUCCAUCAUAUAUCUGGACAACAGGGUGUUUGUGGCUUUGGCAAACGGAGACAUUUCUAUCUACUCCAGGGAAAACAGUGGCAAAUGGAACACGUCCCAGCCAGAGACAGUGACUGUAGGGACUGUGUCUAGUCCGGUCUCCAGGAUGGUGCCAAUUUCUAACAAGCUGUGGUGCAGCUGUAAUAAUGAGAUAAAGAUCCUCAACAUCUCCAGUCUCAGCAUUGAGCAUCAGUUCAGUGCCAGUGGGGAGACUCACCGCAGUAUCAGCUGCAUGGCAGUGUCAGGACUGGCUGUGUGGCUGUCACUGCAGCACUCCGCAGUACUGAGGGUGUUCCAUGCCACCUCGUUUGACUGCUUGGGUGAAGUCAACAUCGCUCCUGCUGUCACCAAGAUGCUUGCAAGCUGUGAUGACAUCAUAAGGCAACACAAGGCAGCUUGUCUACGCGUGACGUCGCUGCUGGCGUGUCAGGACUUGUUGUGGGUUGGCACCAGCGCCGGUGUGAUAUUGACAAUGCCACUGCCUCAUGUAUCUCCCGCCACCACGGCCGCCAAGUUGCCGCCAGUGUCAGGUCGGUGCAAAUGUGUACCCCACGGCCACACAGGACAAGUAAGAUUCCUCACGGUGGUCGAGAGAGGCGACAGGGAGAGAGAAGGUCGUCCCUUGGUCAUCUCCGGAGGAGACGGAUACGAGGACUUCCGGUCAGCCAGCGUCUCGGAAGUCGCAGGGCGAGAGGACUCGACCAACCACCUGCUGUUGUGGCAGGCUUGAGGCGGAUGGGGCGACUGGAAACAAUAUAGUCGCCCUACAGUCACAACCAGAGGUUGGAGCGAGGACUGAAAAAAGUGAGACUAGAUGAAUAAAAUUUGACUAAUUGGAUAAGACUUGACAAACUGAUCUUUGCUGCAAACCCUUAAAAUUAGAUAAGCUGUAUCGUAUUAGAUAUGUCAUCUUAGUAAACAAAAUUCUCACUCAAAUUGGUUAAAUGUUGAAACCAUUUGAAACAGAAGUUGAACUUGUUAGUUUAAAAGCUUUAGAUUUAUUAUCGUAAAAAAUUUUUAAAUCUAUUGAUGGUUUUUCUAUCAAUUCCGUUAAAAAAAUUUUUUGUAUGAGUGUUCAAUCAAUGCUAAAACACAUUGUUUGUACUUUUGUAAAUUAGUUUAUAUGUGAUGCUCGCAAGUCAUCUCAACGACUUCUAGAACAUUAAUUAAAUCUACUACAGAUAUGAUAAUGAAUUAAAAACUUAAUUUUGUCUAUGUAAAAGUGUAUGCAGUUUUAAAAGCAGCUUCAUUUUGUAUCCUCUGUAUUUGUCAGUCCCUAUGGUAACAUCUGUUACAAAUUUGAUUCUUUACCAAACUUGUUGACAUCUUAGUGAAACCUUUUGACUGUUAAUAUUAUAAUGUGUCUGUAUUGCUACAAUUAUUGUUUUUGUACUCUUUCACAUACGAGAACAUAAAACACGAUAAUAUGUUACAAAAAAUGUUAUAAUGGUUAUAAUGGGUCUGUGUAUUGAGUUGGUAUUAACAAAGUCACAGUAGCCUUUGGAGACUUUCACUAGUGCAUCACAUUGACUGACUUGCACUAGCAGUGAAGACUGUCACUUUGACUGACAUGCACCAGCAGUGAGGACUGUCACUUUGACUGACAUGCACCAGCAGUGAGGACUGUCACUUUGACUGACAUGCACCAGCGGUGAGGACUGUCACUUUGACUGACAUGCACCAGCAGUGAGGACUGUCACUUUGACUGACUUGCACCAGCAGUGAGGACUGCCACUUUGACUGACAUGCACCAGCAGUGAGGACUGUCACUUUGACUUGCAUGCACCAGCAGUGAGGACUGUCACUUUGACUGACUUCCACUAGCAGUGAGGACUGUCACUUUGACUGACAUGCACCAGCAGUGAGGACUGUCACUUUGACUGACAUGCACCAGCAGUGAGGACUGUCAUUUUGACUGAC